AGUAAAUAGAAUGCGCGUCAUUUGGCGUUUCAAGGGCUAUAAAUACCCUCCUAUCCCCAUGCGUAUUGUUCAUGCAAACUGUCCACCAGAUCAAGUAAAUUCUCAGCAUUCACCCAUAGGAGAGGAUGGAACAUAACAUUUCCACUUGAUAUAAAGAUUUGGAUACAACACAAACCACUCAACCAACAUUCUCAACUCUUUGGAGGAAAACUAGUACUACUAUGAACAAACAACACACCUUCUUCUGUUUCUUUAUCCUCUUCUUCUUCUUCUCAAAUCUCAAUGUUGGUUCCGCCGCCGAUGCGGUGGCCGGAGACAAAAAUCCCUUCACCCCGAAGGCCUAUGUGGUGCGGUAUUGGGACAAGGAGAUCCGCAACGGGCUGCCCAAGCCGUCGUUCCUGUUGACGAAAGCGUCGCCGCUGAGCGCAGUGGAUUCCGCCUCGUUCGCCAAGCUAGCUGCCGGCGGCGCACUCUCCACGCGCCUGCCGGAGUUUUGCUCCGCUGCGAACCUCCUCUGCUUCCCGGAGGUUGGCCCCAGCCUCGAGAAGCACGACAAGGACGCCAGCUUCGCCGUGUACCGGGACAAGAACUUCACCAACUACGGAACGGGUCGACCCGGCGGGGUCGACUCGUUCAAGAACUACUCCGACGGGGAGAAUAUUCCGGUGAACGAUUUCCGCCGCUACAGCCGCAACUCCGCCGGACACAAGGAGAGUUUCCUCAGCUAUGGCUCCGACGGCAACGUGGUGGACCAGAGCUUCCACACCUACGCCGCCGGAGCCACCGGCGGCGCUGGCGAGUUCAAGCGCUACUCCGACCAAGUCAACGUCCCUGACCUCCGAUUCUCCUCCUACUCCGACGACGCCAACGGGAGAACCCAAUCGUUCACCGCCUACUCAGAAAACGGCAAUGCCGGAGACCAAUCGUUCACCAGCUACGGCAAGAACGGAAACGGCCCCACCGACGAGUUCACCUCCUAUGGAAAAAGCUCCAACGUCGUCGGGUCCGGAUUCUCCAACUACGCCGAGAACGCCAACGCCGCCAACGACACGUUCAAAGGCUACGGCAUCGACAUGAACAACCCCACCAACACGUUCACCAACUACGCCUCCGGCGGCAACGGCGCCACCGAGCAUUUCACCAACUACCGCGACCAAGCCAACGUCGGCGCCGACUCCUUCACCUCCUACGCCAAAUCCGCCAACGCCGCCGAUGUCGGUUUCACCAACUACGGCAAAUCGUUCAACGAAGGAACCGACACAUUCACCGGCUACGCCAAAAGCGCCAAGGGCGAAACCAAGGUGGAUUUCAAAGGCUACGGCGUCAACAACACGUUCAAGGAGUACACGAAAGACGGUGUAUCAUUCUCCCAAUACACCAACGUGAGCACUUCACUGGAAAAUCAGAAGCUGCUGAAAACUCCGGCGAGUGGCAAUUUGGUAAAAAGAUGGGUUGAACCGGGCAAAUUCUUUAGAGAGAAAACACUGAAAGAAGGAACUGUUAUCCCUAUGCCAGACAUUAGAGAUAAAAUGCCUAAAAGGUCGUUUUUACCCCGGAGCAUUCUCGCGAAAUUACCAUUCUCAACCUCGAAGAUUUCUGAGCUGAAACAAAUGUUCAAAGCUUCUGAUAAUGGCUCCAUGGAGAAGAUGAUGAGGGAUUCACUGCAAGAGUGUGAGAGAGUCCCUAGCCGGGGUGAGACCAAGCGGUGUGUGGGGUCCAUUGAGGAUAUGGUUGAUUUCGCCACCUCUGUUCUCGGCCGCAAUGUGGUGGUGAGAACCACCGAGAAUGUAAACGGGUCGAACAAGAAAGUGAUGGUGGGUCGGGUUCAAGGGGUCAACGGUGGGAAGGUGACCCGGUCGGUUUCUUGCCACCAGAGCUUGUUUCCUUAUCUUCUCUACUACUGUCACUCUCUUCCUAAGGUUCGGGUCUACCAAGCGGAUCUUCUUGACCCGAAUACCAAGGCCAAGAUCAACCAUGGUGUUGCUGUUUGUCAUGUGGAUACCUCUGAUUGGAGCCCCACCCAUGGAGCUUUUCUUUCUCUCGGGUCGGGUCCGGGUCGGAUUGAGGUUUGUCACUGGAUCUUUGAGAAUGAUAUGAGCUGGGCUACUGCUGAUUGAGGAAAGAAAAGAAACAAGAUCAAUCAAUUCUGCUAAGAAAAUUUAGCAGUUUAUUGCUAUUCCACUCAAGAACAAUUUCUUUCUAAUUUUCAAAAUUUUAAGCAAUGUAAUUUUUUACUUUUACCUCUUAUAGGAAAGCUUAAGUUAUGGCUUUUACUUUAGGAAGAACAAGGUAUAUUCUAUAUCAUGAUUAUUAUUACUAUUAUUAUUUACUCAAAAUCAUCAUUAGCUUCAA